CUUGUGAGGCAGAUGAAAUAAUUGGUAAUUUCUGUGCCUUCACUACAAGAAUACUCGUUUGUUCUGCAGACAAUAACAAUGAUGAGUGCAGGGAGCAGAUUUCUGAUGUAUAUUGUGAUUAGUAUCCAUUGCUCUGAGGUUUUUUACUCCAGAGAGAAACUAGAGGAUUAAUCAGAGGCUGAAUGAUUACAACUGAAAAGGGACCAUCUUGACCUGGGGAUGUAUGGUUUGAGAGUGGCUCUUGGGCACUGUGUGCUAAAUCACUCCAGCAGUGAGACAGAUGUAAAGGAUUGGCUAGCACAGAAAGCAGCUUCAGGAUCUCCUCUGUAAACAAGCAGUGUUGCAAAGCUCAGAGCCAGCUCAGAGAGGAAGAGACCGCUCGUGUCUGAGUGCUGUGACUGCAGGCAGCUGGGAGCACUGAAACCACACGCGCUCCGGUCUUUGCUUCCAGGUCUGCAAGGUGUGGAUGAGGACUCCAGCAAGGCAAAGUGUGGAGGAACAGCAGCUUGUCUUCACUGGGCACUUCACCUGGAUGAAAGCUGAGCAGGAAUAUUGACUUGGGUACAGGGCGAAGAGCAUGGAAAGAUGAUUUGAAGUCCAAGAGCGGUCUGAAAGUGCCUAAGCCUGAUAUUCUUAGCAGACAGCUGUGCUCAAAGGUGGAGGAGGGUGCUAAAGCUGGGCACUCUCUGGAAGCGAGCAUCCUAUCAAAGCUAAGACAGCAACUGUUUGGGACCUCUUGGGAUCAUAAUCCUAGGAAGAAGAGCAAAUUCAGUAGUGCUAUGGAUUCAGAAACAAAAUAAUAGCAAUCACCAACCCUCCAGCAGCCACAUCUGCUCUGAAGCUGAGGUUGGGACGCUGCUGGAGAGCAUUCAGAAAGGAAACAACCUGUGCUGGGUGCUGGGAAAGCAGGUGGCAAAAGAGGCCUUUCCCUCCUUGCUCUAUCAUGAUCUCUGGUUAAGUAUUCUUGUCCCUGUGUGGAAGAGGUAGGAAAAGCCUCUGCAAAUUCCUUCCCAGAUCUGCGGCCAGAAGCAAAGAAACCCUUUUGGAUAAGAGUGUGGGCUCAUCAGUGAUCUUCUUGAAGCAUGUCUGGCCAGGACACUGAGGACUUUGGAGCAGGAAACCUCUCAGAGAAGUCUCGGAUGCUUCCAAGCCUCCCACCGUAUGACAUGGAUGACCAGCUCCUUCCCAGGGAGAGACGGAGCAUGGGGUGCUGCUUGGCCUGGACCCUGCUGAUUGCCACCAUGAACCUCUUGGUCUUCCUCAUGAAUCUGCUCCUGAUGUUUGUGAUUUUCACCAUUGUGCUGCUCCCUACCAUUGUGGUGGUUUACUUUGGCUUCCAAUGCCACUCUCAAGUUCUGCAUUCAUCUGCCCACUACUGCAAAAGCUUCUUGGAUGACAACAGCUCUUCUGCCCUCAUCAUCCUUGGCUUUGUCAUCAUGUCCCCUCUCAUUGUGGUGGCCAUGGCUAUCUACUGCAGCCUGGCAAAGCGCCUCCGUCUCUUCCUGUGCUUCCAGCCAUACAGCCGGGCUGUGUACAAGGGGGUGAAGUGGCGCUGGUACGAGGAGGGAGGCCUGUGCAGCUGUGCCAGGGGUUGGAACACUCAAGUCAAGGCCUGGGUAUGAGUUUGCAGCACCAGAGUUUCUGCCAUAGCCAGCACACUCUUCUCCCUGCCCUGUCCGUCCCCACCAUCACCUCCCACAAUCACCACCCUGAGGUCUCUGCAAAUGAGGGCUGUGUAGAUGUGAGAGGAAGGAUGAUAUUCCCAUGAGCCAUCUCCUACAGCUUUGUAAGUGGGUACUUACAGACAGUGGGUACUUACAAACUGCCCAUCAUGAGGGAAAUGUGGAAAACACAAGUUCUUGAUGGUAAAAACAAUGUUCAGCCCUGAAAAGAACAGGGACUGCUCCCAGUGCACGUUACCUUCAGAGCACACCACUGGCUCCAGUCUUGACAGCAUGUUCUGCCUCACACGGGAUGGAGAGUACACGUGCAUGGUUUUCAACAGUGGUGGGAGCAGCUGCAGGCCUUGGAGAGGUCUCUUUGGGAAAGGCAGCCUCUGGGGAAGCAUCCAGCCAAGAGGAAGCAACUGUGGUUUUCCCAAGUGGUGGGCUGCCGAUGUUCCUAACCUCUGGCAAAGGUGUCUGUAGGUGAUUGUUGGGAGCCACCACUUCCCUCCACAUCAGAUAUUCUGCCCAUGCUUAGCAAUCCCUCUUUCCCACAGGCUAGAGCAGUGUUUAUGCUCCUUUCGCUGUCCCUGAGUCAGGUCACUGGGCUUGCUGUGGAAACAAAUACUGAUCUUUGGGUCUCUUCCCUGCCAGCUGCUGCAGAAUGCUUGUCUGGUGAUGGCUGAUGGCUGCUCACCAGCAAAUAGCUCCGUGUCCUUUAGGCUGUGGUCAGGUUGUUUUGUCUGCAGCUAAAUCUGGCUGAAGGUUCAAGUCAGUUGGAGGAUUCCUGGCAGGAGGAGCUGAAGACUCAUGGUGGCUGCUGAGCGCAAGACAGUCUCCCACAGCUGGACCAAGAGCUUAUUCCUGUGAAGGAGAGUGUAUAACGUUGUUUCCUGAAGGUCACAGGUACCCAGGUUCAGGGUUAAUGCUGUGGUUGAAGAGUGGAGAACUGGAAAGGGUUCUGAAUGCUGUGAAUGAACUGAUGCCCCAAUAAAGCUGGCUAUCUCGA